AUGACAACCCCCCCGCCCCUCGAAGCCAAAAUCGUAAUCCUCGGCUCCCAAGGCGUCGGCAAAACCUCCCUCGUCCACCGCUACAUCCGCAACACCUUCACCCCCUCCACCGCCGUCUCCACAGUCGGGGCCUCCUUCCUGACCAAGCGCCUCCUCGACGCCGACACCGGCACCGUCGUGCGCCUGCAGAUUUGGGACACGGCUGGCCAGGAGCGCUUCCGCAGCAUCAGCAAGCUGUAUUACCGCGGCGCGGACGCGGGCGUGCUGUGCUACGAUAUCACGGACGCGGCCAGCUUCGGGGAGAUGGGGCGGUGGAUGGAGGAGCUGCGGCGGAAUCUGGGGGACGAGGUCGUGUUGCAUGUCGUGGGCACCAAGGCGGACGUCGUCGCCCAGGAGCCGGGGAGGAGGGGGGUCCCGUUUGAGCGGUGUAUUGCGUAUGUGGCCGAAAACCUGUAUCCAGGGGCGGGCAAGGAGGCGACGACGUCUGCGAACGGCAGCGCGAGUGCAGGGGGAGCUGCUGCUGCUGGGGGCGUGACGUCCCCGCCCUCAAACCGCUCCUCCGGCUUCUGGGCCCAGGACCUGGGGUGGGACUGCUGCCACGAGAUCAGCGCGAAAGACGGCGAGGGCGUCGAGGAGGUGUUUCGCGUCAUCACGCGCAAGCUGGUUGAGCGGCGGAAUCGAAGGCUGGAAGCCGAGGCGCGGAAGCUGGCGACGGCGGGGAAGACGCCAGGGGUUGAGGGUGGAGGCACGGGGUACUUUGAUUAUGCGACGGGCCAGGGGAAUGGCAGUUUUAGGGUUGGGCAUGGGGAUAAGAGGAGGAGUUGGUUGGGCUUCCCGACGACGCCUGGCCCCGGGAGUGCGGAGGGGACGGAGGAGGAGUGGAGGGAGGUGGAGAGGUUGAGGGGGGAGGGGCGUGGGCGGUGUUGUUAA